AGGUACGGUCCCUAGGCGAUAGCCCCGGACCUCAGGACCAGUUUAACUAUUUUGCUCGUCGUGAAACGUUGUGUUUUCUUGCUCUACAGUGCAGUGCAGUGUUUACUGAAGUGUGGGACUGGCAAGAAGUCUGACCCGCGACAAUGUCCUAUACAGCAACAAGCAUUCUCGGCAAUUUCUCUGUUACGAAGUUUCUGACUAACCUGACGCUGGCAGCCAUUUUGUGGCUACUCAUCUUGCAGGCUUUUCAAUUUCUACGUAAAUGUAUCCAUUUUCGUCGUAUAGAACAGACUAUACCAGGUCCGUUCUCCGUACCUUUCUUUGGCUCGGUCUUUUGGCUUAGUUUGAAUGCAGACAACUGCCUUGAAAAGAUUCUGGAUUCCGUCAAGCCUUAUUGGCCAGGAUUAGUGAGAUAUUCAGCUUUUAACAAACUUCAUGUCAUGGUUAAUGAUGCUGACCACAUCGCAAAGGUGUUACGAGAUCGACAUUUCUCCGAUAAGCCUUGGAUGUUCUACGGACCUUUAAAGCCAAUAAUUAGGGAUGGCAUCUUUACCAGCAAUGGCGAACCUUGGCAGGCACACCGCCUUGUCAUCACGCCUACUUUCCAUGCGGAGGUUAUGGGCCGCUACGUUGAAAUUCUUGAUAUGGAAGCAAAAGAAUUUGUUGACAAACUCUCCGGCAUGCUUCACAAAGACGUGGACUGCAGUGACACAAUGAUCCGAACUGCGAGUUUCAUGGCAAUCCGAACAAUGAUGUCUUCAACGUUAAACGAAAGGGAAUGCAGUAUUUUGGAAGAAAUCAUUAGCCUGGUUCCGCGCGCUUUAAAAUCUGUUAACCGACGCAGCCUCAAUCCUUUUUUGUGGCCUGAUUGGAUUUUCAAAUGGACCCAAAUGUAUCGCGAUACUGAAGCUGCGAAAACCCUUUUUGAUAUGCUCAUCAAUAGUAUCAUCCAAAGGAAAUCAUCGGAGAUCCACGCAACAGCCUCCAGAGAACGACAGUUAGCAAGCAAACUUGGUUUCCGGGACAGAAAAUCUCUCUUGGAUUUGCUUUUGGAAAGCAAGUUUUCUGGUGAACUCCGCAUGACCGAUGAAGAUAUCCUAAAUGAAACCAGUACAAUGUUCAUCACGGCUUUUGACACGCCUGUCAUUGUCGUCACAUUCGUCUUAAAAGUACUCUCUAUCCGACCAGACAUACAGGAGUUGGUCUAUGCCGAAAUAUGUGACGUUUUACAGGAGAAAGAUCACAAAUUAAGUAGUGACGACUUGUCUAGGUGGGCCAUCUACAACAACACGUAA